AUUUCGUGACUGCGUGUCAUUCAUUCUUCCGUCCGCCACAGAAGAAUAGAAUAUUUUCGCGAUCUUAUUUUAUAUCGCAAGUGCAGUGGAACUAUAGAAGACGUAUUUUAAUAUAUGACCUACUACAGUCAUAGAAUAGUAACAGACGCUUAGUACGAUAAGCAUUAAAUCUGAGGUUUGUAUCUAUAUAUUUGUACUGUUUGUCAAUUUUAUAUCUCACAAGUAUAACAGGAUGCAAAUAUGACAACAUGCAUGCAGUACGGGUCAUUCCAUUUAUUAUCCGCACCCCCCCUAUGGAUGAGCGGAUUCCUACCGGUCAGAUAUUAGGACUUAGGGGAUUCCUACUGGUCAGAUAUUGGGAAUUAACAGAUUCCUUUGGCCCGAUUCCUACCGGUCAGAUAUUGCCGUCAAGGUGUAGCAUACUAUAUUGCCAAAUAUUUAUUAUGAGAAUCAUAAUAAUUUCAUUUAUUAUUCUCACACCCCCCCCCGGUCUGACAUUGGGAAUUAGCAGAUUCCUACCGGUGAGAUAUUGGCAAUUAGCAGAUUCCUACCAGUGAGAUAUUGGCAAUUAGCAGCAUUCCUAGGGUUUAGAUUGAUACUGUCGAUUCCAACAGGGUACUUCUCUGAAAUCCGAUUCCUACAGGUAACAUUUUUACCAGAGCUCAUCCAUAGGGGGGGUGCGGAUAAUAAAUGGAAUGACCCUACGUCCUAGCCUCCUAGUGUGUUUUAUAGUGUAUCAUAAAAAUUAUCAACGUCAAUGAAUAAAAUAUUUACGCAAUUUCAUACUUGUGUUGUAAUAAAAUGCAAACUCCUCUCGGACGAUAUGAUUAUGAUCUAAUCAUGCACACGUUAAAAUCUCACAACUUGUCAACAAAUGUGUUCGGUGCAGACUUGUAGCAAGCUUGUCAAUAAGUUGUAAUAAUGCUGUUAUUUUAUCAAGUAACGUUGCUACAAGGUUGUCACUCACAAGUCACACUUGUUAACAAAUUGUUGAAUUCCAGGACGAUAACAAGAUAACGGCAUGUACUAAAAGGCGAAACGUUGAAACGACUGAAACGAAACGACCGAAAUAAAAAUAUAAAUUACAGGAAAAUGGGAAAUAUUAAAAUAUGAAAUUUACAGGAAAUUUCAAGACUCCCCCCCCCCCCCCAGUUCCGGCGUCCCUGGGCACCAUUGUUCUACACCAUAGACAAUUCUACUGAUGAAAGCAAAUAUGGAGACGAGGGUUCUCGAGGAACAGGUACGCAUUUAAAGUUUUAACUGGUAAAUAUCUAUCCAUAUAUAAAACUAGUAUGCAUACAGACAAGAAUUUGGCAUACUGAAGUGCAAAUACAACAGGCACAAGUUAUGUUCACAUGCUUUUUAUAUCGUGCAUGAAGCCAUGAACACUUGUUUAACCCUUGUUUCAGGUUGUCUAAGGCCAGGUUUAGAUGUCGAACUUUUCAUGCGCCGAACCGUAAUGCAAAUGAAGUGAAACAAAGAACUUAGCUCAUUAACAUUAGCCGAUUAGGUUCGGCACCUGAAAAGUUUGAAGUCUAAACCUGGCCUGAGAUAACCUGAAAGAAGGGUUAAACACAUGGGCGUAUCGGAAGGAAAAAAUUAGGGGGGCGGAAAGAAAUUUGCCUGAUUGUGCCCAACUAGUGCCAAAACAAAUUUUCCCGGAACAAAUAAUUUUUGGCGACCUCCCCCAGAUCCCCCUCCCCACGUCGCCAAAAAAUUUCGGUCAGUGUACCAUUUUAAGGGUCCAAAAAUUUUUCGGAACAUCAUUCAAUAUUUUCCAGACAUCACAAAAUUGACCACAAAAUUGACAGAAUUUGUCCCAUUUAUUUUUAUAAUAAGCCAAUAUUGCCCAACUGUGGAGCGAAAAUUGCCGGACUGGCUUUGUUUGCCCAACAAACUGGGGGGGCUGCGGCCCCCGCCCGGUAUGCCCAUAGUUAAACAAGUGUUCAACUCCCGCGAUGUUUUGCAAACAUCUCUUAGUAUACAGUAUAUCAAUUCAAAAGUGCCCUUUCACGAAAAUCUGCCCUCCUUGCCUUCACAUCGUUCCGGCGUCCCUGAUGGCGCCACUGAGAAGUGAGAAUGGCGCCAAUUUUUGGCGCCAAAAUCUAUAAAACAGUGCUUCCACAGCCCAAUUGUCUUAAAAUUCCAAUAAAAUUUCCCGUAAAUUUCAUAUUUUAAUAUUUUCCCUAUAAUUUAUAUUUUCGGCCGUUUCGGUCGUUUCGUUUCGGUCGUUUCGAUGGUUUCGGCUGUUUCGUUUCGGUCGUUUCGUUUCGACGUUUCGCCUUUUAGUAAGGCAUGUAGACCGAUUUAUCAACAAAUAUCGCUAUAAGAUCUAAGUUUCGCAACUUUUAUGCAAAGAAUCUAACGAAAGGUAUAUCCAUUGCUACAAAUUGACGUAUAUAAAGGAAGGAAAGCGAAAUUCUACCGGAUCCUGACGCGAUAUAUGCCGAUAAAGCGGUAAUUGCUACAGAAAAUAGAACAAAUAAAAACAAAACAAGUUACAGAAGCGGGAAGGUUCUUGUAUUUUGACUGUAACACAAACAAAUGUAUAAUAAAACAAUUAUUGAAUUCAGUUUUUGCCAUACGCAAAAUUAUCAAGGUCUCGGUAAGCGUUAUCAGCCUCGCCUUCGGCUCGGUUGAUAACGCUUACCUCGAUCUUGAUAAUUCCGCAUAUCACAAAAACUUCAUCCAAUAAUUGUUAAAUAUUAUUUUAAAGUUAACAUUCAUCAUCAUCCUGUUUGUCCCCGCAAGGGGGGUCGAGUCGCCUCUACAUCUUUCCCCACUCUAUUAUGACAUCAACUUUAUCAAGAUCCACCACUCUAUCGUCAUGCCACACACAAUCCAUCCACCACUUCCUCAGUCGUCCUCUCUAUUCUCUGCAGCCCAUCUAACUCAUUUUUUCUGACAAACUCAUUUUUUGACUGAAUUUUUUUGACAAACUGAUCAUGUUUUGAAAAACGUAGCGAUUUAUUUAAGGACUUUCACAAUUUCCGCUAUGUUUUAUGGAGUACUAGAGUAAAAAGUAGCUUGUUAGCAACUAGUACCUGUACAAUUAUGAUUUUGUAUCCCAUCUACAGUAAGACUAAAAGCAUAAAUAUUUUGAUUUUGCAAGUCUACACGACUUGAAACAAGCAAGGACUGUUAAAUCUCUCAUAAUUUUUCGCCCAUGUUAGUUGAGAAAUUGGGCGUGGUUAGAACUUAACUCUUCAAAAUAUAUGAAUCUUAACUUCCUGAUUUCACUCUCCCUUCUAUAAUUUCCUUUUAGUCGUUCCUCUGUCAGAUACCUGAGUGUCGUUCUGAAGGUUACUGCAUAGUUAACAUAAAUUUUAAUAUGAAAUGUCUAGUGGAAUCAAUGAAUCAUUUCUAAAUGACUUGCUUUUAAGGAACAUGUAAAGAAUACAGGCACCCUUGUGUAUAUUUUGCUUCAUUGAAAGACUUAAGCUUGUCAAGUUUAAUUAACAAGGAGGCAGUGGUUAACUGAUUUGAUCUUUCAACAAUUGACAAGUUUAUACUUAUCAAGUGCAUUUUAGAAUUUCAACUGAGUUCACUGUCAGCACACUAUUACAUAGCCUGCAGGAAGUUCUGCGCAAUAUCUGCAAAAAUUAAAAUAUCGCACAUAUUUAUAUAUGUGUAUGAUUGUUCACAUGUGAUAUGACUGUGUUCUAAAUAAAUUUAAUUUUGUGUUCCACAAGAUGUUUGGGAGGAAUGCCGUCCUGCUCCUGAUGGCAAUAUUAGAAACAACAUUGUCGAUACCUGCAAGUAAACUGACCUCACAUAACACCGAUAUUGACUCUCAGAUAAAAGCCUACGAAAAUGUAUCGCAGAAAAUCAUCAAUUUUGUGACCAAAGGUGAGGGAAAACAUCAAACUUUUAACCGUCUCGCAGCGAUGACAGAUAAAUUUGGAAACAGAUUGGUCGGCUCAGAAACACUGGAGAAUGUCAUAGAUUACAUGCUGGACCAGUUUAAGGCAGAUGGAUUGGAAAACGUUCAUGCGGAACAAGUGUCAAAUAUCGCUCAUUGGGUGAGGGGAAAGGAAUCAGCAACAUUGUUAAAACCUCGUCAUUAUGAAAUGUCAAUGUUAGGACUUGGUGGCAGCAUUGGGACAUCAGCUGAAGGAAUUACUGCCGAAGUAUUAGUGGUACAUUCAUUUGAUGAACUGCAUGCAAGAGCUGCCGAAGUAAGUAUAUAUAGAUAUAUUUCAACAAUAGUGGGAUUAGGGUCCUACUAAUUACUGCCCGAGACUGCCCGGGAACUGCCCGGGGACUGCCCGAGACUGACUGCCCGGAUAAACACCGUAACCUCAGCCAGAAACCCAACAACUCCUUAUCUCCCAACCUCAGUCCGAAACCGAAUAAUUCCCUAUCCUCCAGCAGCCAGAAACCCAACAACUCCUUAUUCUCAAACCUCAGGCAGAAACCCAACAACUCCCUAUCCCCAAACCUCAGCCAGAAAUUCGACAACUCCUCAUCUUUAUUCUCAAACAGCCAGAAAUCCAACAAUUCCCUAUCCUCCAACAGUGAGAAACCCAACAACUCCUUAUCACCAAACCUCAGCCAGAAAUUCAACAAAUCUUCAUUCUCAAACAGCCAGAAAUCCAACGAUUCCCUAUCCCCAAACCUCAGCCAGAAACCCAACAACUCCUUAUCACCAAACCUCAGCCAGAAAUUCAACAAAUCUUCAUUCUCAAACAGCCAGAAAUCCAACGAUUCCCUAUCCCCAAACCUCAGCCAGAAACCCAACAACUCCUUAUCACCAAACCUCAGCCAGAAAUUCAACAAAUCCUCAUUCUCAAACAGCCAGAAAUCCAACGAUUCCCUAUCCUCCAACAGUGAGAAACCCAACAACCCCUUAUUUCCAAACCUCAGCCAGAAAUUCAACAAAUUCUCAUCUUUAUUCUCAAACAGCCAGAAAUCCAACGAGUCCCUAUCCUCCAACAGUGAGAAACCCAACAACUCCCUAUCUCCAAACCUCAGCCAGAAAUUCAACAAAUCGUCAUUCUCAAACAGCCAGAAAUCCAACGAUUCCUUAUCCCCAAACCUCGACCAGAAACCCAACGGCUCCUUAUCCCCAAACCUCAGCCAGAAACGCAACAAAUCCUCAUUCUCAAACCUCAGCCAGAAAUCCAACGACUCCUUACCCCCAAACCUCAGCCAGAAACACAAUAUUUCCCUAUCCUCCAACACCCAGAAACGCAACAACUCCUUAUCCUCCAAUAAAUCCUCCUCCAUUGGUCCUUCAUCACAACUGACACAAUCAUCUUCGGACCAUAAACGUGGGCUUAUCAACGGAGCCAUCCCAAUCCCGAACGGAAAGUUUAAAAACCCGGAAGAUGUUUUUCGCUUGAUGCUCUCCGAGCGUCCAUCUGGAAAAGAAGUACCACGAGGUAUAAAGGAGAAUGUUUUGUUCGUCCUCAACAACGAAGAGAAUGCAUCUCGACAAGCGCGUGGUGGAAGAGCAUUUUAUGCUGAUGAUUGUGGAACCUGGUCAAGCAAGGCAUCUUGUAAAACCCACCACUACAUUGUAGAAGAAAACAACCUGGACUAUGUCGACAAGAAAGACGGGCAGUAUGUCAAAUACAAUAAAGGUAAAAGAGUGCCUAUUGAACCUCAACCAGACAGUGCUAAUAUUAUUGUGUUUAAACGUUAUUAUAUUUCUCUCAAACGCAACCCGUCAUUUAAGAAACGCAUUUCCACAGUGACAGAAUGUCCAGAGGAAUUGUUGCACAUCAAGAACAUUGCUGUCGCAGAGUAUAUCGGUGACUUUCCACAAAACAAUAUACCUCAUGGGAACAGUAAGAACAUUACUGGUGAUUAUGUCCGCACAUCUUGCGCUGUAAAACGAAAGUUAGAUGACAUGAUCGAAGCUAAAAACACUCCUCGCGAAGUUUAUGAAGAUAUGGUACUUAAUAGUUCCGAUUGCGCACCUAGGGAUUUAAAGCAAGUACAAAAUGCUAAGUACACUUUAGGAAGGAUAAAGAGAAUUGACAACGGACAUAUUUACAGAAACAACCAGGCAGACGAAGUACAGACGCUAUUAUCUGACAUUCACAAACAUCCGUUUAUACAAGAAAUAAUACAGACGAAAGGUAAGCCACCAUGUGUUGUACUUUAUCUGGAAGAUAAUUUAAAAGACAUACGCCAGUUUUGUACAUCCAGUGCUCGCAAUCCCAGUGUUCUUGGAAUAGAUCGAACAUUUAAUCUUGGUGCGUGUUUUGCGACUACUCUGGUAUACCAGCACAAUAAUUUAAUAAGAAAAGGGGCAAAUGUUGUAAUGGUCAACAAUAGCUAUCGUGGCGGUCAGUAAACCAAAAACUUGUCAUAGAAAUUAUUUUGCACCUAUACAAGUGCACUUGACAAAUAGAAUUUGCCGUAUAAAAACUUGUCAUAGACAAGUUGCUCGUCUGUAACCGGCUUUAUUAUAAUAAACAUUAUUGUAAAAUAUGAUUUGUAAAUUCUAAACUCUGGUUGGCUAUGAACCGUACAGUUAUUUAAACAUGUUUGCGUGUUUUGCUAAUUAAUGAAACAACUUUUAGAUACGCUCGAUUUUGCUAAUUGUCUCUUCCAAAUAAAUGCCAAUUACAUUAUUUGAUAUGUCGGGCAUAUUAUGCAUAUAACCUAGCUCGCAUAUGAUUUUUUUGAGAAAAGUUAAAGACCGUUGAGGCCGACUCACAAAUGAGAUCAAAUGCAAAUGCAAAGAAACAGAAAGAAUUAGAGCAGUUUGCAGUUGUUUUUGCAAACGAGCACCGUGCAAAUUUUGCCAUUUGUCCUAGCGUGCAGCCAAAUGUUUUGAAAAAAACCUUUUUAUACAUGUACUUAGUGAUUUAAAACAAGAGCACACUGCCUUACCAUAUAAUAAAUAACGUUAUGUUUACCCGGGCAGUCUCGGGCAGUCCCCGGGCAGUCUCGGGCAGUCUCGGGCAGUAAUUAGUAGGACCGGUGGGAUUAUAUGUAACUUCUUAACCAUGUACUGACCAUCGCGGCAAGGUAUAGUGAUAAAAAUUCCUUUCCCUUAAUGAAAAUGUUCUACUACUAGACUUUUCUGAUCGGCACAGGCAACUAACAGAACCCUGAACAGAACAGACGAGUUGCGAAAGACUUGCUUUGCAAUGAAAAUAGAAAAUUGUAUAUAAGCUUUCUAGCUAUUGCAUUACGAUGGCAAGCUUUUUCUGGCGAAUAUUUUUCUUCGGCUUUACCAAGUCCUAAAAAUUAUUUUCGGCCUUUGAGGACUCUCUGAGAAUGUUUUUAAAAUCUGACAAGCUAAGUAUCUAAGAACGCUGCCGUAUUUCCAUCAGUGAUGAUAUAGGACCUAAGUUGGAUUAUACCAGCCGGCAUUCGGGGAAGCUCCCCUGAAGGGUCCGACUUGAGGCAACGGCUGGUAAUCGAGCCUAUAUGGGACCCUGUCUUGGUCAACAGUGUGCCCCACUUUAUGUCCUUUGUCCGCUAAGCAACCCCAGGCUCCUGCUAUCCCUUCUGUAAAUUACAGCUUUGCAGAUUCGAAAAUGCAGCAAUCAUGUGUAUGGAUUUUGAAUAUUUCCAGGCAAAAGGCAAGAUCGUAGUUUUUGACCAAGCGUAUGUAAGCUAUGGGGUUACAGUUGCGUAUCGAGAUUAUGGUGCUUAUGAAGCAAGCAAAGUUGGAGGUGUAGCUUCUCUUAUCAGAUCCAUUGCUCCAUUCUCAAUCAACAGUCCACACACUGGAUGGCAAGAUUACAAAAAUGGUACAGUGAAGGUUCCAACUGCCUGCAUAACUAUUGAAGAUGCUGAAAUGUUGUCACGCAUGGCAGCCAGAGGUGAUAGGAUAGUUAUUCAUUUAUAUAUGGAAGCACAGAACUUACCACGUGCUACGUCUAGAAACACCGUUGCGGAAAUUGUUGGCACGACAAAUCCAGAACAGGUAUAUGACACUAUUAGCAUUUAGUAUAAAUUUCCAGGUGACUAUUGAUUUUUCUGCAUUGUGAUUGGUCAAGAUUCACUAUCUCUGAAGUGAUAGUCACUGGUCAGUGACUGUAGCUUUUUUUUCAAAAUGGCUGCUCGUUUUGCCGUAGUAACAGAAGAGGAAAUAGCCAAAAUUAAAGAAGAUAGCAUUCCGAAAAAACCCCAAACAAGCUACAAAAUAUGGUUUAAAAAUAUUUCAAGGUAAAAUAUUAAACUUUACGUGCUUUUAUUUGGAAAAAAAACUGGCUUAGUCGCAACGCGACACAGAGCCGUGUCUGAGAUUUAAAUUUUGUAAACAAACUAUUUAUAGUGAAAAUAAUUUUUUUUUAAGUGAAUUUUUAUAAAGUUGUGUGGAUUAUUGUUUGUAAACACCUGGAAAUUUAUACUAAAACAAUUAGUCGCCUUAGGCUCGGUGAUUACAAGCCUAUAUUCACUUCGGCUCAGUGAAUAUAUAGGCUUGUAAUCACCUCGCCUUCGGCGACUAAUUGUUAAAUAGGUCUUCUUCGCUCGCAAAGGAGUUGCAAGCAGCAAAACACGAUGAACUAUGGUAAUUAAGCUCCAUCAUUUCAUGAGCCACAACCUCAUAACCGCGCGGUCUUUCCUGUACGCUCUCAUGCACCUUCAUGCUGGUCAAAUCUGUCCACGAUUUUGGGAAGAAUACUUUACAGUCAAACCGGGUGUUAUAUUGCGACGCAAUGUUGCAGUAUUGAUUUGCAAAAUGGUCGGAGCAAAUUGCAACCGCUUUUGCUACAAUAUUUCAAAAAUAUAUUCGAAAGUUUUCGUUGCCAAACAACUUGUAUAAAAUAUAUAAAGUUUUCAUUGGAAAAAUAUUGAAUGUUAUCAAUUUUUAUGGUGAGAUGAUUAAUCGCACGCGCGUUUUUAAAUGUCGGACAAUGAAAACAUUUUAACAUGUUAAGUUAACAGUAUCUUAAACGAAAGACAAAUUAACAAAAACGUUACAAAAAGUUAUAAUAAAGUAACCGUUUAAAGAACGUUUAAAUAAAGUUAAGCGUUGUUUCACUGUAAUUAGUCUAUAAAACAAUUACCAAAUGGUUUUCCAUGCAGGAUAGCGUUAUGUUGCUCAACUUUUGGAAGCGUAAAAAACAUGCACACGAGCCCACUCGCCUGCGGCUCGUGUCUUUUGACUCUUUCCGAAAGUCUCGCAAGUCAGUGCAUAAAUGACGCACGCCUUUAUUACAAUUUCCUACGAGCAAUUUGCAAAUCAAUAUUGCACGGUGAGCUCUAUAUUUAUCUAGAGCAAGAACUUCAGUCAUUCGACCUAUGAGAAAAGUGAAUUCAAGAUGGCGGCUAUUGACGUCCAAUAGCUCUGAAGGUCGUAAACAUUUUUUCCAAGCUAAUUUCAGUUUUUUCUAACGGACCGUAUCGCUAACCAAGUUAUCAGUUCAUAAAACCAUAGUGCUAUUCUUUAAAUCGAUGUCAAAAUACGAAUUUUCGGCACACUCCUUGCCAAGAUGGUGGAAAUUGAAGGAGCUAUUGGACGUCAGUUCCAGUUCUUGUUUUACCUGCGCGGUUAUAACGCACUUCACUUUUUGGACUCGAGUUCUCGCUCCAGAUAUAUAUGGAGCCCACUGGUAUCACAGAAUAAAGACACACAGAAGGUCGACUCGAGUAACCGCUACCACGCCAUGAUUCAUCAUCAAAAAAUGUUGACGCCAUGGGCCUAACCAGUGCGCUUAUAUGAGGCAUACCCCCCUGGACGUCCGCCAUUUUGAAUAUUUUUAGAGGGGUGAAUGCCUCUCAAACGCGCACUGGCUAAGGCCCAUGGCGUUUUGAUGACGAAUUACGGUUACACCAAAAACAUUGGAAAAUCAUACUCGAAUGUAAACGUAUACUUUUAGACCCAACUAGGAGCAGCUUGGAGCAGCUACGAAAAAUGGAACUAUAGGCCGUGUAGCAGAAAGUUGUUGAAAUGUUUAAUUUGCUGUCUGGUUGUUUUUUAGGUGGUAUUAGUAAGUGGUCAUCUUGAUAGCUGGGAUGUUGGUCAAGGCGCAAUGGAUGAUGGUGGUGGUGCUUUCAUAUCUUGGCAAGUAUUGUCAAUAAUGCGACAACUUAAGCUGCGUGCCAAGAGAACUGUCCGCGCUGUUCUGUGGACUGGUGAGGAGGUGGGCUUGACUGGAUCACGACAGUAUUAUAACACACAUAAAGUAAAUAUAUCUAAAUAUGACAUGGUCAUGGAAAGUGAUAUUGGAACAUUUAAACCAAAUGGACUGAAGUUCACGGGGAAUGAUGAAGCUUUUGCCAUCGUGGAAAAAAUCAUGCAACUUCUUAAGCCAAUCAAUGCUUCAACUCUAUACCACACGGCAGAUGGGGGCGACAUUAGUUUCUGGAUUAAGAAUGGUGUGCCGGGUGGAAGUCUGUCAAACGACAAUGCAGAGUAUUUUUACUUUCACCACAGUAAUGGUGAUACAAUCACAGUUGAGAAUCCAGAUGAUUUAGAUCUCUGUGCCGCUCUCUGGGCUGUUGUUGCUUAUGUCGUGGCUGAUAUGGACGAAAUGUUACCAAGAUAGGUGCAUAUAGUCAAUUCAUGUAAGGUUUGGAAAUUUGGCAUUAAUUUUGGCGAACCUCAAUGAGACUAUAAUGAGUUAUGAUUUUUCUUUGAAACGUCGUACUUCACCAUGCACAAAUCGUUUGAAUUUUAUUGAUUUUAAAAUUACAACAGUUUUAAAUGUCAACUUUGUCAAGAACAUUCCCUUGACUUGUCGAGAAGUUUUAUAUGUUUUAAAGUAGGAAGACAAGUGACAAUCAAAUAUUUUUUAAUCCGAAUUAACGACUCAAUAUAAUGUUAUUUUACUGAUUCAUAUUUUUAUAAAAGUAGCGUCAAGGUAUUUUAAAACUAACCUCUGUACGCUUUUGUCCACAAUGUAGCUGCUUCAUUUCUUCAAAUUUCCUGAGAAUAUUCGUCCAGUAACAGUAAUUCUUGUAUAUUUUGAGUUGAUUUUGUAUGAGAGUAGCGAAACGAGCUCGUGUCGAUAAACAAAGUCUGAGGCUCUCCACUCCUUCAGAGUUGUAAACCCGUUUCGCGGCGUUAUAAAGCCAUAUUUUAACAGCACGGUUAAUAACCGGCUUCCGAAUAAUAACCUAUCAAGGCUUCCAUGGAUGUAAAAUCAUUAUUACAGCUUUGUUGCAAAGUUAAUUAAUCAGCUAGUAUUGAAAAUCUUUCAUAAAUAACUUGGGGGGGGGGGGAGGUGGGUUGGUCCCCUCUAGUGUCCGCCACUGAUGUAGGGGUGCACCGGAACCAGUUUUUUAAGUUCCGGCCGGAACCGGAUCCGACCGGAACUGGAAAAAAGUUCCGGCCGGAACCGGAACUAAUUUAUUAAGCCAUAUAUAGUCAUAUGUUACUUUGUCUGCAACCAGACAGGCAGACACUUCAAGUCAUCUAGGAGAGAGCUCGCAAAUGUUAGAAUAUAAAGACUGACAAACGUUAAACAUCAUAAUGAAAUGUUAAUAGUGUACAUUUCCCUUGCGUAGUCCAAAUUUCUUGCUACUGUGACCUUUUGUUAGACACAAAAACGUUUGAUAUUCUAUCUCUCUGAAAACGACAGAGUUCCGGUUCCGGCCAUGCUUUUUUUAUUAGUUCCGGCCAGAACCGGAACUCUAAAAAAUCGGGGUUCCGGCCGGAACUAACCGGCCGGAACCCAGUUCCGGUGCACCCCUACACUGAUGAUUGUUUUGUUAUGCCAAUUCAGAAUCUUCAGUGCAUGUGCACUAGCCAUAGAUAUCUUAUAUACACUAGAUAGUGCAUCUAAUUAUUCUGCAUUCAAAAAUUGAAGCCGUGAUUGCAGUCUCAGGUCGUUCCCAUGAAAUGAGAAGAUUCGUACGUUUUCUAUUUCUUAAACAGGGAACUUAAACAUUAAGUUAACCCUAUUCCAAAUACGUUUUUAAACUAUUCAAAUAAUGAAAGUUAGUGUUGUUUAUAAGCGUUUAUUAGCAAGUGGGAACGACCAACAUGGCCGCCAUCUAUUCAAAUGGGGGUAACCGCUGGAAUAUUCUUGGCUUCAAUUUUACUAAAUGAGAUGCGCUAUCUAGUGUAUAUAAGAUAUCUAUGGCACUAGCCCACUCCGCAGGCAUCUUUAGGGGUUGAGCCACAGGUGUGACUGUGUCCGAGUUAAAUCAGGGGUGACCCCAAAACAGAUGCCUGCGGAAGAGGGUAACUGCACACAAGUUUGUGUACACAUGAACCCAUAGACUUUGGUCAAGUGUCCAGAUCAUAUCCUCAUUGACUAUUAUGGAGGAUUUAUACGAUGUGCAUAAAUUGACUUGGGAAUAAUAGCAGAAAGAUAAUUUUCAGAGAAUACAAAUAGGUAGUCCAAACUUUAUUAGCAAACAGUUUGAAUUAUAUAAUUAAAAUAACGUUUUAUGUACUAUUUUGUCUAUUUAAAACACAAGCAGGAGUGCUUUAUCAGAUAUAAAACACGAGUGCGCACUUAAAAAAAGACCCAUCUGAUGAGUUAAUUGGCGAAGUAAUGUUAAAAGUAAACAUUGUCUAAGCCGAGGAAAUCAAAGCUAAAGUUUAUGUAAAUUAACAUGAUUUUUAUCACAUAAAAAAACAUCGACACGGCAGUGAUUUCCUUUGUCUUUUCCUCAUGAAUUAUGAAGUAGGUUUAUAUGUCAAUUGUAUAGUUAAAAAAGAAAAUUAUCCAUAUAAAUAGUCCAUUAUAAAAG